CUCCAUAACUAAUACAGUACUUCCCGGCUAAAAAUAUAACCAUUGCUUAAAUUCCUGUCUUCACUUCAACUGAUUCCAGUCUUACAUAGUACACGCCAUAGCUCAAGGGCUAUAGCAUCUCCAACUGGUCUUUGAAGUGAGGGUUGCAAUUCUGCAUUUGCUUUGAGGUACAUGGCUGACAGACAUCAUGUUGAUCAACAGCAAAAUACUGAACCACAGAUGAACUCUUCUGCUUCAAGGGAUGAUAUGAUCGCCUGUGUGGUGGCAUUAGAGGCUGCCUUACUACCCUGUUUGCCUGCACGAGAACUCCAGGCAAUAGACCGUUCAGCCCAUCCAUAUCAUCAGAUCGAUGUAGAGAGACAUGCUAGAGAUUUCAUGGAAGCUGCCAAGAAACUUCAACUUCAUUUGAUUGGGUUGCAACGUGAUGAUCUGCCUACAAGACCCGAGAUGCUUACAAAGGAGAUAGAAAAGAUGGAAGAAGAGUUGAAAACAAAGACUGAACUCAUAGCUAAGCAGGAGAGACUGAUCCAAGGAUGGAGGGAAGAGUUGAAGGACCAACUGGAUAAACACAUCAUGGAGUUAGAAAGGGUGUAAACUUCUCUUGUUUUAUUUGUGAUUCAAUUUGGAUUCUGGGUUGGGAUGACAAGUCCUUGUUAACGUUACUUUAGUUAUUUUUUUUCUUAAUUUUGGUGGUGUCCCGACUAGUUUGUGUGCACGUCGACUAUUCUAGGUACCUGCUACUGCUAUAUGUCCUCAUGUAUCGAGUAACUCUGCCUAUAAACUUGAAAUUGAAUCUUUAUCAGCA